UGUCACGAACAUUAAGACCAUAUUCGACGGUCCGGAAAGUCGGCCGCCCCCGAGAUACAUCGAGUGGGCCAAGCAUCCGCAUUCCGUUCGUACUGAGAUCACGAACAAAAAAGCGAUCCGGCAGAAGGCGGCUUCUACGUGGCACGGCUCCUUGGGUGUAGGCGCCAUGUUUGGUGGUCCCCUACCUGACCGGCGGUGGUCUUUUCUGGUUGGCACAUUGUUAGUGGCCUGCGCCACAACUUCCCGCAGUACAAAAGACAUCUGCAACACUUCGCCGGACGAGUCGACCAUGCUGCAGGUAAUCAAGCCCGUUGCGAAGACACUCUUCGUCUGCGUGGACGAAGUCCUGCUGGUCUACAAAAUUCGUGGAGAAUUCGCAACCGCGGUGCUACACCUAAUUUGUGAGAGCUACCAAAACUGCGCUGGAAAAUUCAUGGGGAAAAAAGCUACUAAAGAAGGCAGGAACGAAUCCAUUCACUGCCUGAUACAGUACGUGGAGCAGAACCUCCCACCUGAUCUGCCGACAGGCGACCACGAGCCACGAGCACUGGUACGACCGUUUCUGGACUGCUUCCUGAGGCGUCUCGACCUCCCAAUGGAAAACGAGAGAAAGGCCAACGCUGUGUUUCACUGGUUCAUGGAGAUCGUACGCCCCUGAAACCUUCCGCCCAGAAUGGAUCGAUGAAUUAAAUCGAUUAAUUAUUUUCUGUAUAUAUGAAGAGAGUGCGCAAUUGGGUCUUGCU